GAGCCGCUGCUCUUUUAACCUGCUGUAUACAUGCAGAUGUCAUCGCCCAUGUUCAAACACAAUAUGUGCUGUUUGCGCUACACAUACGCUUAUAUUUCUCUCUUUAUUCUUAGUGCAGGGCUCUGUCAGGAUUCAUCAACUCAACCACCGAAAGACCGACUCAUCAGGGAUGUGUAUGUGGCAGUGGGAUCAGAAGUGAAAGUGCUGUGUGAUGGUGCUGCAGAUGGAGAGCAGGUGGAGUGGAGACAGACUGGGUCUCUGGUCGUGUCCGGCUCUCUGCUCCAUCUCAACAGCACCAGGCUGGAGGACAGAGGCGUCUACACCUGCCACAGCCUCAGUGGACGAGACGACAUCCUUCAGAUAGAUCUGAAACCUGGCUAUCCCCCAUCUCCUCCAGACAUCAGCUGCUGGGUUGCUAGUUAUCCUCUGAAGGCCUUGUGCUCAUGGUCACAGAUGUCACAGAUGACAAACACCUAUUUGCCAACACAGUACAUCACCACCUACAGAGAUGGGGUCUCUGGCACGAUCUACCCUUGCCACAUUGUGCCUACAUCUCCGGACACUCUUUGUGAAAUGAAGACCCUUCAGGUCCUCGCCAGCAGGCCUUAUAUCAUUAAUAUCACGGCCAUCAAUGCACUCGGCAGUGCCACAAAAUUAAUGUCAUUUGAUUUGGAGGAGAAUGUGAGGCCGGACCCUCCCGUGAAUGUGAGAGUAGUGGCUAGCCAAGGGAGGCGGGUACUGGUGAAGUGGAGUCAUCCCCCAUCCUGGCCAGACCCCUUGCUCUUCCCCCUGAAGUACAAAGUCAGGUACUACUGGGGUUCCACUCGAGAACCAAGACACACUGUUGAAGUGGAAUCGUAUGACUCGUUAAUGAUCGCUCUGGACAACCUUAAGGUGGGACGCACCUACCACUUUCAGGUGUCUGCACAUGAACUGCUGGAUUCUGGAACAGGAAGUGCCUGGAGUGAGCCUGUCAGUGCCAAUGUGCUACGUCGCUAACACAGAACAUCACUGCAUGUAGUGUUACGUCUCAGAAAGAGGGGAACUGUUUGCAAUUAAUCCAGCUAAUUGUAUACUACUACUACUACUAAUAAUAAUAGUUAUAAUACAAUUACAGCACACACAAAUCACAAGUCUUAUAUUCUGUAUAAUCCACUAUUGAAUAAAUAAACCUAAUAAAUAAAAUACCUAAUAAAUAAAAUACUGUGGAUAUUAAA